UACCUAAACCCACCCACUCUUAUAAUAACCCCCAUCUUCCCUCUUUCCUAACCACAACCUGCUUCAGUUCAUUCAACUUUUAGUGCCUGUUUUUGCUAGAAGCAGAAAGGAGAAAAACAACAACAAAAUAACAAGCCAUUUGGCAUUAGAUCUCCUUCCUUGUUCUUAGUUGUGAGCAAGACCCAAUUCUCGAAUUGCUAAAAGUACCCUUUUCAGGAUCAAGGAAGAGAAGUGGGUAUAUUAAGCAAAAGGGUUAACAUGGUUGGGAAGUUGAUGGUGAUGAGGCUUGUGUUGGCCAUAUCUGUCCUGAGCUCUCUCCUUCUGACAACCUCGGCACAGACAUGCCAAUCACAAACCUUCACUAACAACAAGGUUUACACUUCAUGUCGUGAUCUUCCCCAAUUAACCUCGUAUCUCCACUGGACCUAUAACCAGAACACAGGAAGCUUGGACAUAGCAUUCAGACACACUGGAAUCUCAUCAACAGACCGAUGGGUUGCAUGGGCUAUCAACCCCUCCAACAACCUUAAUAAUGCUAUGAUGGGAGCAGAGGCUCUGGUGGCUGUACUACAAUCAAGCGGGGCCCCUAGGGCAUACACUUCUCAUAUCGCUGGCUAUACAACCACGUUGGCUGAGGGAAAUAUCUCUUAUCCUCACUCUGGCUUGACGGCUACCCAUCAGGGUAGUGAGGUAACCAUUUAUGCUACCCUUACUCUUCCCAGCGGUACCACCAACUUGGUCCACCUUUGGCAAGAUGGUCCUGUCAGUGGUUCUACCCCUGGAAUCCAUGACCGGAAUCCUGCUAACCUCGGAGCCAAGGAAAGCUUGAAUCUUGUUUCUGGUACCAGUCAAGCAGGAUCAAAUGGGAAUUCUCUAAGAAGAAGAAAUGUUCAUGGAGUGCUGAAUGCACUGAGCUGGGGUACUUUGAUGCCCCUUGGUGCCAUAAUAGCAAGGUACUUGAAGGUGUUCAAAUCAGCAGACCCUGCUUGGUUUUACCUUCAUGUUACAUGCCAAACCUCUGCCUACAUAGUUGGGGUUGCUGGAUGGGGAACUGGUCUCAAACUAGGCAGUGAUUCAGUUGGUAUUGAAUAUAACACCCAUAGAAGACUCGGAAUCGUCCUGUUCUGCCUUGGAACCCUUCAGGUUUUUGCUCUGCUUCUGAGGCCCAACAAAGAUCACAAAUACAGAUUCUACUGGAAUAUUUACCACUAUGCCAUUGGAUACGCCACCAUAGCCAUCAGCAUCGCCAACAUCUUUAAGGGGUUCGAUGCAUUGGAGAACUCAGUAGGGGAUCGCUACAAUGACUGGAAGCAUGCUUACAUUGGCAUUAUUGCAGCUUUGGGUGGCAUUGCUGUGCUUUUGGAAGCUUACACAUGGAUCAUUGUGUUGAAGAGGAGGCAAUCAGAGAGCAAAACGACACAUGGCAUCAAUGGAGUAAAUGGGUAUGGUUCUAGGCCACAGCAGGUGUAGGAUAAGUGGCCGGUUAGGUCCUGGAUUUUUGGCUUCUUAAUCCUAUCUAUAUGAGUUUUGUUGUUAGACCUUUCUGUCUGUAUAUUUGCAUACGUAUAUUGAGUGCAUGUAGGAUACUACCAGUAGAUUAGAGUCUGUUUUUGAGAUAAAUUCUUUCAUAGAAUAGUGAGUUCCUGGGGCGUGGUUUCCUCCAUCAUGCUAUUCCAGAGCUAUUCCAGAGGAUACUUUGUAUUGGUUUCUUCAUAUUUGUAUUUAUUAUUUACUUUUAUCUUUCUGCACACCUUCCAGUUUCAAAUAUAUUGUUUUUUUGUCUCUCGGGGCAAGUUGAAGGCAUUCAAUUUUUCUAUCUUUUUGGGUCGUAGUAAAAGCUAAAGGGGAUUUUACCAUACGCAUUGGUAAAGUUUUCUUCCAAAAACUUAACGUCGACUUAAAUUUCUAUGUGGGCCUCAGACUUUAACAGUGCCCCUGUAAAUAAUAAGAGUAUAUAGAGUACAGCUUAGCUUCCCUGUACAUGACACAUUUUGGUGAGCAUUGACCAAAAGUCUUUGGCAUCGUUUGAAUUGUCAAACCCAAGGGAUAGAUGCAUUGUGCCCUCUUUGUCAUAUUCCUUCCUCUAUUGACCCUGUAAGCUUUGUACUUGGAUUCACAAUGCUCCGAAUCGAUCAUUAUAUAUAUUGAAUUCCCCGGGUACCCUUCUUC